AUGCAGACCUAUCUUUCGAUUGGAAGAUGUGCUGCCAUCAUCGCAGCAUCCGUGCUGGCAGUUGAAGCUGCCAAAGCCACGUCUCUGUCAAGCCGGGCUUCCAUGUUGCGCAGCUUCAGCGGUGAUGACAAGCUGCCCGUCAGCCUGGAGAAUAUUGAGACCGCGUUGCUUGCGCUUGAGAAGCAGCGAGGAACGCCAGGACUGAGGAAUACCGUCACAGAGAUUCACAAAAUGGUGACACACAUGGAGAUGAUGGUGCAACAGCAAGCACGGCUGACCCAGCAGACCCUUGAUCAGGCUUGGUCUGAUUUCACUUCUUGCAAAGGGCUCUACGAGGCCGGCUCACACUCAGGCCUCCUAUCUGUGGACAGCUUGGCAAAGGAUCACGCCGCUUGCCGCCUUGAAGAGUCCAGUUCGAAGAUUGAGCUGGAGGCUUGUGAGAGCGAGCUGACGGCAAGGACUUCAAGUGAAGUGCAGCGGAAGAACGAGUUUGAUGCCUUGAACAAGUUUCCAGCUAGUGGGUUCUGCAACCACCGCACGAAUUCACACGAGUACGCAACGGUGAGGGGCUAUAUCAAGCACUUUCGAGAUCAUUUCGCUUCGCACCUGAACUCAUGGGAAAAUGCUUUCAAUGCCUCAAACACCGCGACAAGAUUGAAGCUGGAGAAGUCCCGCGAAUGUUAUGGUGGAGAUCAGACACAUGAUGGGAAGGGCGGCAAAGAUGCUGCAUACAAGAACAAAAAGCUUAGCUGCCAGAAGCUGCAGGCCAAUCUUGAGGAUGCAGCAUGUGAUCGAAUAGCUCACAGAACCGACUGUGUCGCUUACGUGAUGUGCUAUCAAUCUAACCACAAAGCCUUCUUCGAUGCUGGCCAGGCAAAGGAAACCGCACUCUUGCAGUCGCAGAAACAGCUCACGGAGUACCGUGGUCUUGGCAGAAUUAAAUGUGUACUCAAUGCCUAUUCGAAGUACGAAGAUGGUGAGUCGCUGACACAGUCCAUUGCGGAUUGUCAGAAAGUGAAUGCCGACCAGACCUUCUUCCAGAUCGAACUCCCUGAUCAAAAGCCGGGUGCCAUGCCUGCGAACAACACGGGCUGCCUGAGCCAGAAUUCUGCUGAGAAGCCAGGCACCCAAGCAUUUACACAAGAGAUGUACAAGAACCUUAUUGGUCCGGAUGAAGCUGUUCAUUGGGACAACGUGAAGGACGAUGUGCUGACAU